AGUUUUACUGUUUUAAUAUCUUACUGUUAGAGCGAGAAAAGGAAAGAGGGAGAGAAGGGUUUUUGUGAUUGAAUUGGGGAUUUAGGGAUUGUGUACAGUAUAAUGAAUUCGAAGAUGGAUUCCGAUAGAGCGAAACUGUUCGUAGGGGGCAUUUCUCGGGACACCACCGAAGAUGUUCUGAAAUUCCACUUCGCCAAGUACGGCGUCGUUUUGGAUUCCACAAUCUCCGUAGACCGCACCACCCGAUGCCCUAGAGGUUUCGGCUUCGUCACCUUCUCCGAUCUCUCCGCAGCCGAUAAAGCACUUCAAGACACGCAUGUCAUUCUCGGAAGAACGGUAGAAGUGAAAAAAGCGAUUCCCAGAAGUGAACAACAGCAACACCAUAACCAAUUACAGAUUAGAGGAGGCGCUAAUUAUAGUAGUAGUAAUGACUGUAGCAGUGACAACAUUGUUAGGACUAAAAAGAUUUUUGUAGGAGGUUUACCCGCUGGUAUAUCUGAGGAGGAGUUUAAAAACUACUUUGAGAGGUUUGGUCGAAUAACUGAUGUGGUGGUGAUGCAGGACAGUGUAACUCACCGGCCCAGGGGGUUUGGGUUCAUCACUUUUGAUUCCGAGGAAUCGGUUCAAAACGUUAUGGUCAAGAGUUUCCAUGACUUGAAUGGUAGACAGGUGGAGGUGAAGAGGGCUAUUCCGAAAGAGGGGAACCAUGGCGGCUAUGAUGGUUUUAGUAAAUUAAGAAAUACGGGUGAAAGAGGCGCCCCUAAAGGUUUUCCUCCUUAUAGUCAUAGGAACAUGCUCCCAGGGUAUGCACCUUUGCCUUGGUAUAGUGGUGAUGGAGUAUAUGGAUACGGGUCUAACACGUAUGGUUGCUGGUACCCUAUGGGUGGGUAUGGGGAAAAUGGAUAUGCGGUUCCGUCUGAUGCUUCUCGGAACUACUGGUAUGGGCCAAUGAUAACUGGUCCUCAGGCAUGUCAUGUGCCUUAUGCUAGUGCAGUUCCAAAUGUUGCGUUUGUGGGGGGUAGGAUUGGCAUAGUAGGUAACGGUCCUGGGUCUUUGGGUUACAGUGGCAUUCUUGGGUCUGCAACAAAUUGGAAAUUUGAUCAACCUUUUAAUGCCAACGGAUUUGUUCCAGGCAAUGUGACAUCACCUCAUGGUGUAAAGCAGGAUGUUGUCGACUCUGCAAGUUUCAAAGGAAGCAAUGGUGAAAUUUCUAGUUGAUUGACUAAAAGGGUCUUCGGGCCUUAAUUCAUGUAGGUAAAUACUUACUGACUGCUUCAGGGCUGUGAAAGGUUGGCAUUCUUUUGCUAGAUGUUGUAAGAGCUAGUCACUUGAUCUUACUGGUUUUAAUUUGUGAAGAUACCUUUUUAUGUGUCAUAAACAUGUAGUUUAGAAAUUUGUCAUGUUUAGUUAUGGAUUCUCAUCAGUAGAGGUUUCAUGCAUCUGUAAAAUAAUUUCAUGCAAAUCCUUCUGUUAUCCUUCUUUAAUAUUUUUAACAGUAGAUGUUAUUUGGUUUGUUUC